UCAAUCGGACGACUCUCAACUCCCGACCGUUAGCGCGCCACAUACCCGUUGGAGCUCUCCGAGGGAGAUUAUUCAGUAUUAUUUUGCUCCCUCCCUUUGCUCUGCUUUCAGCUUCCACUUUUCUGCAUCCUGUCAGCCUCUACUGUCAACACCUCUCAAAUUCACCCGAAUUUCCGAGGUGGGUUUCAAGCAAUCUUAAUGAGCCUCUUCUCACUUGACUGAAUGCAGAGAUUUGAUUUAUUUGACAGGUUGUUUUGAAUGGUAAUCUCCAAUCCCAAUCGGUGCAGGGAGGAGAGGUAAAUGCUUAUAUGAACAUGGCGAGGCAGACAAAUAACCGCAGAGCACUGGGAGAUAUUGGGAACCUUGUCGGUGCCCUCUCUACCAGAUGUACUGUUAGUAAAGGGAGAGUACUAGCAGCAGCAGCAGGAGAGAAUAAUAUUGUAGCUGUUAAGAAUUUUGUUCAAGUGGAUCGUCCUGUAACUAGGAGCUUUGGUGCCACUUUGGCAAAAGAGGGGCUUUUGACACAGGCACCAGCUCAGGAAUUUGAGGAACACAUGAAAUGGGGAGCCAAGCAAAGGAGAACAAGGGAGAGAAAUCACGUCAAGACCAAUGUGGAGAAUUCCGUUGUGCCUUUGGCAGACAAAGUAUUGGAAUCUGUGCCAUCUCCCCAUGAGGUCAUCGGUUGGUCUCGAGCAGCAUUGCUGAAGAACGAUACUGAAUCAAUGAUAAUAGAUUUAACGGAGGAAGAUGAGGAUGAUGAUGAAUGUUGUGAAAUGGAAACAGAGGAGGCAGAGAGCCAAAUGCCUAAUAUUGACGAGGCAGACAUGGACAAUCCAUUGGCUGUGACAGAUUAUGUCGAGGACAUUUAUAGCUUCUACCAUGAAAGAGAGAUCAUUAGCUGCGUUCCUCCAGGCUACAUGUCUCUCCAAUCAGACAUAAAUGAGAAAAUGCGAGCAAUUUUGGUAGAUUGGCUUAUUGAGGUCCAUUUGAAAUUUGGUCUCAUGCAUGAGACUCUGUUCCUAGCAAUCAAUCUCUUUGAUAGAUAUCUUUCCAGUCAAAGUGUAGUGAGAAAAUCAUUGCAGCUUGUUGGGGUAACUUCUAUGCUUUUGGCGUCUAAAUAUGAGGAGAUAUAUGCUCCUAUCGUUGAAGAUUUUGUCCUUGUUUCUGACAAUGCCUACAGAAAAUCUGACAUUCUACAAAUGGAGAAAUCAAUCCUCAAUACAUUGCAAUUCAAUAUUACAGUUCCAACUCCUUACGUCUUCAUGAAGAGGUUCCUUAAGGCAGCUGGAUCUGAGAAGGAUUUGGAAACGGUUUCCUUGUUUCUUAUGGAACUGUGCCAGGUGGAGUAUAUUAUGUUAAAAUAUCCCCCAUCAAUGCUAGCAGCUGCAGCAGUGUACACUGGUGUAUGCAUCCUCAGAAGGGCUCCAUCUUGGAGCAGGACAAUGGAGUGCCAUACUACCUACACUGAGGAACAAUUAAUAGAAUGUGCCAAGUUGAUGACUGGAUUCCAUCAGAAUGCAGGGAAAGGCAAGCUGACCUCUGUUCACAAGAAAUACUCCUCUCCCAAAUUCAGCUGUGCAGCAAGGCUAGAACCUGCUCAUUUCAUAGGAGAAAAUUACUUGUAGCACAGGGCUACUAUUUUCAGAAUUUCUACUAAUUGAAAUGUCCAUAUAUAUUUUUGGGUUCUUUUUAUUCUUUAUCAAUUUUAUUAGAAAAGCUUUGUUAAAAUUCCAUUGAUCACAGUGCGAUUCAGUACAGAGCCAACUAAUGGUGCACUAUGUAUCCUGAAGCUCAUUUUGUGCUGGUCGACAAGGGGAUAAAAUAAACCAUGGCUGGUUCGUCCUUUACCAUCUUUCUUCAUAAAGCAUCCGAGGGUAAUCAUUUUUUUAUCCUCCCCUUGGCCUAUGUAUAAAUCAACAUUAACUCUAUAGAUUUAUUGAUUUUGAUUA